AUGCCAGAAACCAGGCGCAAGCAAUACCAAUACAAGGUCCACAAGGCCUCGGUGCGAAAGACUGAUAAGAAGGAGCUUACACCCAUCCAAAGAGCAUUCAUUGCCGGUGCCUGUCUGAAAGGGAAUGCCUCUCACAACUCAAUAGCUACAUUCAUUGGUGUCAAUCACAGAACUAUCACCAGGCUGCUGCAGCGAGUGGAGACCAGGGCCCAGGCUGCAAAUAUCCCUCUUCACGAUGAGCUGCUCUAUAAGACCGAGCUUGGGAGGGGAAGGAAGACACUCCUUAAUAAAGAAGAGAAGGAGAAUAUUCAACAGAUUAUCACCUAA